GUGCACUGCAAGCCUGUUUGGGAUUCCAUGCUAUGCUGGCCACCCAUUCCAGCAGGACAAGCAGCUUCCGUGUCCUGCCGUCAAGUCCUGAAACAUAUUGGAUCCCCGGAAACAAGCAGAGUUGUUAUUCCUCCAGAGGCAAAAGCUUUCAGAAUCUGCAAUGGAACUGGAGACUGGUUAUGGGGAAAUUGGACCAAUUAUAAUGAAUGCUUGAACUACUAUCCUACGGAGGAUGUGCCCAAGGCGCCACUGACUGUGAGUCUCAUUCUUCUCGUUUGCUCUUUGAUAUCACUUUUCUUCCUGACCAUCACUAUCUUUAUUUUCUUUUAUUUCAAGUCUUUACAAUGUUCAAGACUAAGAGUGCACAAAAACUUGGUUGUGGCUCUCAUAAUCCACUCUCUGAUGCUUGUCGUCAUUUCUUUGCCAGUUGUUGGAGGACCAGGUGUACCUUCUUAUAGAGAUCUCAACUGGCUGUGCAAGACUGUGGUAUCUAUUAAAAUGUACGCUGCUUUAUCCAGCAUCAACUGGAUGUUCGUCGAAGGGAUGCUUCUCCACAGCAGAAUAACUACAAACAUUUUUCAAAAGGAUGCUCCCUUCAAACUCUACUAUCUGAUUGGAUGGGGCAUUCCACUUGUUCUUAUCAUCAGCUGGUGCAGCACCAUGAGUUCUCACUUAAGUACGGAUUGCUGGGAAGGUUAUGGCCGCUCACCGUAUGUUUGGAUUAUCACAGGACCUAUGAUUGGCGCUCUUGGAAUUAAUCUGAUUUUCUUAGUUAACAUCAUACGUAUUCUAGUAACAAAGAUGAAAACCAGCUCGACUUUUGAAAUAGUUCAAGUUCGACGAGCCAUGAAAGCCACUGCUCUCUUAUUUCCCCUGUUGGGAAUUACCCACUUACUGUUCUGUGUAAAUCCAAGAGAUGAUAGCAAAUUAGAAGAAGCAUACAUGAUCACAAAUGCUACGCUCCAAUCAUCUCAGGGGAUUUUCGUGUCGAUUCUUUAUUGUUUCAUGAAUGUUGAGGUACAGACGGUUCUUCGCAAGGCGUACGUACGAGCCGCCCUGCGCCGCAACCCUAACCAUCGGUACACUUGGAAAUGUCGUACUACUAGAGCUUCUCAGACCAGCACCUAUGUCUCCAAUUGCGAUACAUCUGUCACGGACACUGCUCUCGUACGUUCUGGUUCGAGCCCCAGAACAGUGUACCUUAUGCGGGAGCUACGACAGUACGAUAAGGGAGGACUGAGGAAGUACGGUGGCGUGAGAAGCUCGAACUUAGCAAAAACGGAAAAUAUUAGCAACAUAAAAGUUCCUAUAAGUUUAAGCCAAGUUAAAAUUGGCUCGGAUCUCGAAGUUGAUCACCAACAAGAGUUAUUGUGUCUUCUGAAUGAAUACAGAGAUUGCUUUGCACUAAAUAUUUCAGAACUAGGGUGCACAGAUCUCCUAAAAAUGGACAUUAAAGAAAUCGAAGGUUCAAAGCCAGUAUGUAUGAAGCCUUAUAGAACAAAUGCCUCUGAAAGAGCUGCAAUCAAAGAAAUAGUUCAAGAAUGGAAAGAAAAUGGAAUUAUAACAGAAACGCGAUCCCCAUUUGCUAGUCCUGUCAUACUGGUAAAGACCGGUGAAUACAGAUUAGUUGUUGAUUACAGACGUCUCAAUAGUCAAACUAUAAAGGAUAAAUUUCCCCUGCCUAAAAUAGAUGAUUUAUUAGAACAAUUGCAUGAGUGUAGUCUGUUUACAACGCUAGAUUUAGCACACGGAUAUUUACAGAUUCCAUUAACUGAAAGUGUAAAAUUGAAAACUGCUUUCGUAACACCGGAUGAAAGUGGACAAUUUGAAAGAAUGAUUUUUGGCUUGACUAACGCUCCUGCGGAAUUUCAACGAUUGAUGUAUCAUGCAUUAUCCUCAUUAUGUAAUAAAGAAGUGUUGUGCUACCUUGACGAUAUACUUGUUCCAGCAAGGACUUGGGAAGAAAUGAUUCAGAAAUUAAUUAAAGUAUUCGAAGCACUACGUGCAGCUAAACUAACCCUGAAGUUACCGAAAUGUGAAUUUGCCAAACAAGAAAUAGAAUAUUUAGGCUUUAUAAUCAAUAAAAACGGAAUAAAGCCGGGAUCAAGAAAAGUUGAAGUAAUAUCAAAAUUCCCAGAACCUAAAACCUUCAUGAAGUUCGACGAUUUCUUGGUUUAA